AUGAGUCGUUGGUUUAGUUUUGGUACAGCGAAAGAGGCCGAACCUCAGACCACCCGGGCCUUGCCUGCAUCAUGGUAUCGCUCGUCAGCGAUGUAUGAGCUAGAACGACGAGCUAUCUUUUCCAAGAAAUGGAUAGUAGUAUCACACAAGGCAAGAUUUACUGAAGUGGGUGACUAUCUCCGUAUAACCCAGGCUGGUUUUACCUUUUUCUUGAUCAAAGACCGCCAAGGCGAGAUCAGAGCCCAUCACAAUGUCUGUCGACAUCGAGCAUUUCCGCUGGUAGAGCAAGAUACAGGAAGAGCCAACAUUCUGUCUUGCAAGUAUCACGGUUGGUCCUAUGGACUCGAUGGCAAAUUGGCCAAGGCUCCUAAAUACCAAGAGGUUCCGACAUUCGAUAAGUCAACCUACAACCUCUUCCCGAUCCAUGUCCAUGUAGACAAACUCGGUUUUAUCUGGAUCAACAUGGAUGCCAGCCCUACACCUACUGUCGCUUGGAACGACGACUUUGCCGGUGUUGACACCCAACCACGUCUUCAGCCCUUCGACAUGGAAGCUUAUCACUUUGACCAUCAGUGGGAAAUGAUUGGCGACUACAACUGGAAGACGUUAGCAGAUAAUUACAACGAGUGCUACCAUUGUCCAACUGGACAUCCCGCACUCAAUGCCCUCACUGACCUGUCGAAAUACUGGGUUGAGACAGCUGGUGGCCAUAUACAGCACUUCAACGUUGAUAAGCCCGAUAAAGAUGGUAUGGGCAUUUACAGUACUUUCUACUAUCCUAAUGCCUCUAUUACGAUCUCGCCCACCUUCUUCUACAUCAUGCGCUGCAUCCCCAUUUCCGCAUCGCAGACAAAGAUGGAGUACGAAGUCUACAGAGCCAACAGUGCUUCCGACAAAGACUUCAACGAGAUCAGCGACUGCUUUAAGCAGAUACUCAAGGAAGACAAAGACCUCUGCAAUGCCGCGCAGAAGAACCUGAACGCUGGUAUAUUUAUCAACGGGGAGCUUCAUCCACGAGUAGAAAAGGGCCCUCUGUUCUUCCAAGAGACUACACGAAAGCUAGUCAUGGACCAUCAUAAGCAGGAAGAGGCCGAGGGACAUGAGAUCUGGCCAGCGACACCAAAGAGUGGACAGUCAGGGAAUGGACAGGGCGAUAUUGACUUCUGUAACAGGCUAGAGGCAUGUGCUGGGUCUGACAGUCUCAAGUGGUGA